AUGGACGGUUACUCCUCCUGGCCAAACUAUAAGUUCGGUGUUGAAUUGGAGAUGUUUUUAGUCUUCAAACAUCUAAAUGCAGAUAUUGAAAACGGACGAACUAUCAGGGGCAAGCUGGAAAGAGCAGCGGACCACAUCAUACAGCGCUACUCCGAGGCUAUCCGCGGAAGCGAUGUCAUAUAUCAUGGAAUGGAAAGUCUGAAUUGGAGGCAUCGCCUCAGGCACUCUGUUUUGUGGGGAACUAAGAACUCUUGGGAAGUUCAUAACGACCCUAGUCUUUACCCGUUCGGGAUCGCACAGUGUAACGGUUGGCCUCUUGAGUUCGCCUCCCCGAUCUUUGAUUACUCGGUCAUGAUGGUUCCUGAUUACGCUGUUCGUGGCAGCCGCCGCAUCUCUCCUUGGUUACCAUCCAUAAUCAAGUUGUUCCAUGUCCUUGAAGAUGAGACCAUUAUCCUUGUAGAUGAUGAGAGGGCCGCGUUGCAAGUUAGCGUGUCGACAAAUGACCACUACGGAUGGGACAAUCUGGACCAGGUGAAGUCACUCGCAAAGAGCAUUCUCUACUUUGAGAGCGCUAUUCGAACUUUUCUACCCCAGCCACGCCGUGACAAUAAUUACGCCAAGUGGAACGGUUCCCCUACCCAGAUGAGCAGCACAACCAGCUACAUGAAUCCUCGAUUUCAGGAUACUUCGGGCGGCGUCGGAUCGCGCAUUGCCUUGGUCGAUGCAUGCGCCACGUUGGAAGACUUAGUCAAGCUCAUGAACAAUGGCGGUCCGUGCUGGAGUUGGAAUUUCAUGGAUCUCAAAGCAGAUCUGACAUCCAACUUGAUCCACGGCCGCGUUGAGUUCCGGAGCCCCCCUGGUGUGGACAAUUGGCGUGAAUGUGCUGCGUGGAUCCACUUUACUAUGGAAUUUGUGCAUGCCGCCGUUUCCACUCAAACCACAAUUCACCGUCUGGUGCAGUUUGAGGAUGACUGGGAUGGGUUGAUGAAGUUCUUGGACUCGGUUUAUCCACUGAUAUCCAAGGAUUCCAAGCUUAAGUACCGUCGUGAGCUUGGAAUACCUGAUCAUUGA